GCGGGCGGAUAUCAAAGGCUGCAUUGUGCAUUCAACAGCCUCCGUCCCCCCUCGUGUGCCAGGGAGGAGGCGGGAGGAGGGACACCUCCGAUGGGAGGCUCCCAAGGUUCUGCUGACUGGUGUUCCCAGGGGCCUUGGCCCAGGGAGGAUGGUGCACACAUGGGUGGCUGCUUCUGUAUCCCUGGGGAGCGGAGUCUACCCUGGGGCCCAGUUUGGAGUUUCCCAUUCUGGGUGCAAAAAAGGCAGUGAAGUCUGUGGAGCAUCUACUUUUCCUCAAGAAGCAGGCUGUAAAGAAGGUCCUUCCAAGGAUCCACCUGGAUUGACUGAGGGCACACGCUCACUUGAAAACAAGGGAAAAUGUUUCCUGCUACAGAAUAUGACUCAAGAGCUGGUGCUCUCAUUCUCGGUGAAGAGUCGCUCCAGGAGGUGCGUCAACGCAGCCUUACAGGAAGCUGCGCGGAGGCGACUCUGGGCCCUGGAGAAUGAAGCCCAUGAAGUCCAUGCGCUGUUUAAGGAUCUCUCUGCAAGGCUCGUGAGUGUCCAGUCCCAGAAGGACCAGUUCCUCAUCACCUUCAAGACCCUGGAGGAAAUCUGGAAGUUUUCCACGUACCUGAACUUAGGCUAUGUGUCCGCGUGUCUGGAACACCUCUUCUUUGACCACACGUACUGGCUCAACAACAGGCUUGUGGACGACACAGAGAUCCAAGUGUCUGUGGAUGAUAAUCAUCUGGAAAACAUAUACCUAGGCCUCCUGCUGCAGGAAGGUCACUUCUUCUGCAGAGCCAUGUGCUCUGUAGCUCAGCCAGCUGACAAGGAAGGAGAUUAUCUGACACUGUGCAGGAACGAGCUGAUCUCCGUGCUCUCCGGGGACGGAUCUGAGUGGGAAGGCGUGUCCUUAGUGACGGGCCAGAGGGGCCUGGUGCCGGUGUCAGCCCUGGAGCCCCUGCCUAUCCCUUUUCACCAAUGGUUCCUGAAGAAUAACCCAGGAAUCUGCGGCCCUUCCAGGAAGAGAGGCUGGACAGGCUCCGGUCAGAUCGGCAGAGGACGGUGCAAGGCUCUGAUGGACUAUGAGCAGGAGGAAAGGGACGAACUAUGUUUCCUCCAGGGUGAAAGCAUCGAAGUCAUUGGCUUUGUCAUACCUGGGCUGCAGUGGUUCAUUGGGAAGUCAAUGAGCUCAGGAGAAGUGGGCUUUGUCCCCACCAGGAGCAUAGAUCUGGAUUCCUGUUCCCCAGUGAGCAAGAACUCUGUCUUUUUCAGUGAUGAGGAAAGGUGUUCUCUCUGGUCCCCAGGAAGUGACAGGAAGGCUGAGUGUUCCGGCUUCCUGUGUGCGCUUGCUCAUACUGACAUCACUUCUAUUUACCGGCUGAGUGAAUUUGAGUCCAUCCAGAAUCUCCAGAAUGAUCUGAACGCAUCUCAGCCUGAGGGCUUCAGGGAGGCCAGGUCUGGUGGGACCUGGAUGGAGCGGCAGACCAUGGGCUCCAGACGUUCCAGCAGUUCUAUAGAUUCCAGCCUUGAGGAGGAGCUCAUCUCAGCCUCCUCAGACAGCUAUCACCUUCCAGAGCCUGAUGACCUCGAUGACCCGGAACUGUUCAUGGACCUGAGCACUAGCCUGGAUGAGGAUGAGAUGGAGCACUUUGCUCCCAUCUUGGCUUUUCUAGAUCAUGAAGGCUACACUGACCACUUCAAAAGCCUCUAUGAUUUCUCCUUCUCUUUUCUUACUUCCUCCUUUUACAGCUUCCCCGAGGAGGAUGAGCUAGUGGCCUACCUAGAGACUUCAAGGAAAUGGGCUAAGAUGAGUCACAUGACGUGGGCCCACGCCCGGCUCUGCUUCCUCCUGGGCCGACUAAGCAUCAGGAAGACCAAACUUUCCCAGGCCAGGGUAUACUUUGAGGAGGCCAUCCGAGUACUUGAUGGGGCAUUUGAGGACCUUUCCCUGGUGGCUGCUCUAUACAUCAACUUGGCUGCUAUCUACCUGAGGCAGAGGCUAAGACAUAAAGGGCCAACCUUGCUUGAAAAGGCAGGCGCUCUGCUGGCCUGCCUGCCAGACCAUGAGUUCAGUGCCAAGAACGAGCUUGACGUCGUGGCUUAUGUGCUUCGCCAAGGGAUCGUGGUGGGGAGCAGCCCUCUGGAGGCCAGGUCCUGUUUCCUGGCCAUCCGGUUGCUCCUGAGUCUUGGCCGGCAUGAGGAAGUUCUGCCAUUUGCAGAGCGUCUGCAACUCCUUUCUGGGAACUCUUCUGCUUCCGAGGCUACAGCCACCAUGUUGAGUUCUCUGUAUGACAAGAAAUAUCUUCCACAUCUUGCAGUGGCCUCUGUUCAGAAGCGUGGUUCCCAGAGUGCCCGGGGGAUGUCUGUUUCCAUUUGGCAGGCCUAUUUAGUUCUCCAGAAUGCCACUAAAAUCCUGGGUGUUCCUUCUUCAAGAUGGUGUGAGGUUUCUGCCCUGGCCUGCCCAACCCUCAGGCAGGCCCUGGCUGCCUGUGAGGAACAGACUGACCUGAACAUCCAGAGGACCUUGUGUCUCAUCCUGUCUAAAAUGUACCUCCAGCACAGAUCUCCUGAUGGUUCUGUCCACUAUCUGAGCCAGGCCCACAUGUUAGGGAAACUCCUGGGCGAAGAGGAAGCCUUUGAAUCUUCCCUCUGUCUGGCGUGGGCUUAUCUCUUAGCCAGGCAGGCAAAGAAGGCUUUGGAGAUCCUUGAACCACUACUAUGUUCCUUGAGGGAGACAGAGUGUGUGACCCAGAGGGGAGUAGUCCAUAACCUUCUGGGACUUGCAUUUCAAGAUGAAGGCCGGACAAGCAGGGCAGCCAAGAGCUACCUCCGAGCAUUGAUCCGAGCUCGGGAGAUGGGGAAUAUACGUAACCAGGCCGUGUCUAUGGCCAAUCUUGGUCACUUGACACUCAAGUCCUGUAUGCAGCAGUCAGCCAGGGGUUAUCUCCUGCAGGCUGUCCGGCUGUAUUCUGAACUGCAAGCCAGCAAGGAGACAGACAUGGAGUUGGUGCAAGUGUUACUGUGGUUGGGCCAAGCUCUGGUGUCUGGACACCAGCUGGUCCAUAGCCGCCUUUGUUAUGAAAUGGCAUUGCUGCUUGGCUUAAGGCACCGGCACCUAAACAGUCAACUUCAGGUCACCAAAUCCCUCUGCCAUUUCUACAGCUCAGUGUCCCCAAACCCCGAUGCGUGCAUUACCUAUCAUGAACACUGGCUAGCCCUGGCUCAGCAACUCAGGGAUCGGGAGAUGGAGGGGCGGUUACUGGAGUCCCUUGGACAACUUUAUAGGAACCUAAAUACAUCCAGGUCCCUCAGAAGGUCCCUUGCCUGCAUCAAGGAGAGCCUGCGUAUAUUCGUCGACCUAGGGGAGAAAGACAAGGCUGCUGAGGCCUGGCUGGGAGCCGGACGCCUGCACUACCUCAUGCAGGAAGAUGAGCUGGUGGAGCUGUAUUUGCAGCCAUUUUUGUUCCACCAGGAGGCCAUCCAGACAGCCUUGAGGUCAGAAGAGCCAUCCCUUGCUCUCAAGCUUUAUGAAGAAGCAGGCGAUGUGUUCUUCAAUGGGACCCGCCAUAGACACCGUGCAGUGGAGUAUUACCGGGCUGGGGCUGUUCCUAUAGCGAGGAGAAUGAAGGCACUCCGAACGGAGCUGCGGAUCUUCAACAAGCUGGCGGAGCUGCAGAUCAGCCUCGAGGGCUAUGAGAAAGCUUUGGAAUUUGCCACCCUGGCUGCCAGGCUGAGUGUUCUCACAGGAGACCAGAAGCAGGAGCUGGUGGCUUUCCAUCGCCUGGCUACUGUGUACUUCUCUUUGAACAUGUAUGAGAUGGCUGAAGACUGUUACCUGAAGACUCUGUCCCUGUGCCCACCAUGGCUGCAGAGUCCCAAGGAAGCGCUGUACUAUGCCAAGGUGUAUUGUCGCCUGGGCCGACUCACUUUCUACCAGCUGAAGGACGCCCAUGAUGCUACUGAAUACUUUCUGCUGGCGCUGGCGGCUGCGGUCCUGGUGGGUGAUGAGGAGCUGCAGGACACCAUUCAGAACAGGCUAGACAGCAUCUGCCAGAGUCCCUUGUGGCACAGCAAUCCCUUGGGGUGCUCUUCAGAGAGGGCACGGUGGCUCAGUGGUGGGAGCCUGGCCCUCUGAAGAGACCCAUCCCCGUCUUGAUCACGUUGCCAUGGCUAGCUGCUGCCUUCCUGCCCCAAGUUCUUAGAUCUGGACCAGGAGGAUUCAAGUUAUCACCUCAUUUGAUGGAGAAGAGCAAUGGCCAGAAGGAGAAGGGCCUGUGAGAGGCAUCUUGGCGCCAUGCUUUGCCUCCGGAACUUUGCCCAGGUCACUGUGACUCUUCGACACAAACAGCUCCAAGAUGCCUUCUCUCAACUCAGCUCUGGAGAAAGGAGGAAAGCAGGCACUGCACUGGGGAAAGUGAGAGUAGACUGUCCCAGUGCCCUCACCAGUGUUCUCAGGGAAAGACCCUUCGGUGCCUCUGGAAGAACCCAUUGCUUCUUUCUUGCUCUCUUCAAAACCAAAACAAGUCAGCACCCAGUGCUCAUGGGGACUUCUGGGUCUGGGAUGGUUUUGGCUCAGCAGACGCAGUCUCAGGAGGGCCAGGUAGAAUGCCCAGAGGUCCAACUGGGAUCCACAUUCUCCAUUCAACCUGGAAGCAUGGGUCCUUUAAGAGUUCCCAGAAACGUACCCAGGGUUAAGGCUUGAGAAUUCUGCCAUAAAUCAUAUGUAAAUACUGUAUAUUAUUAAAUAUUGGCUGUUUACAUUUA